ACCCCUCCUGAGUCCUGUCUCCGCCGCUUCCCCACGGCCACCGCGGCACCGCGCGAAACCUUUUUGUUCGGCGGCUGGGCCCGCCUCUCAGGCCUCGCCUCCCGCCGCGACGACUAGCCGGAGACGAGAGGCUCCGAGGACCCCGGCGACAUGUACGCCGGCGCAAUGAAGGGCCACCGUUCCGGCGGCCGCAGCAUGGACGCCGCCACCGUCGCGGGGCUCGCGACUGUCUGGAAGAAAUACUUCCCCGAGGAGGCCGAGUUCUCGGUGUCGGACCCCAAGGCUCAUCUCGCUGCCGACCUGGUUGAGUCCUUCUCCACGGUGGCGAACCACCUCUUCUCACCUGUUGAAGAUGAUAGUAGCGACAUCUUUGUCCUUCCAGUUGAUUUCCAGCAACUUAAGAAGUCGUGCGAGUUUACCAAAACCAAACUCCAGGAAUCUCCAAAAGAAGCCUUGCUUUGCAUGGGAGCUGCAGCUCAUCUGGUCAUGUGCUCAAGAAAGGUCAUCCAGUUGGAUCACAUAAAAAAGAUCAACAUCAGGCUUUACAACUACACUGAGAAGAUAAAUUCUGUAAAGGAAUUAAAAGCAGCCUAUAUUAAGAAAAUCGUCACAGUGCGUGGUACUGUUAUAAAAGUAAGCACUGUGAAACCUCUUGUUCAGCAGCUGAAUUUCCGAUGCAUGAAGUGUGCCACAGAAAUCACCCGCGUGUUCUGUGAUGGGAAAUUUUCACCUCCAAUGUCCUGUGAUACUCAGGGAUGCAAGAGCAGAACCUUCACCCCGAAUAGAUCUACUGCAGAGUUGAUAGAUUUCCAGAAAAUAAGGAUACAGGAGCUUGCUAGUUCUGACAAUCAUGAAGAAGGCCGAGUGCCACGAACUGUAGAGUGUGAGCUUACAGAAGAUCUUGUUGAUUGUUGCAUUCCUGGAGAGAUCGUAACAGUAACUGGAAUUGUGAAAGUACUGAACAACUAUAUGGAUGUUGGAGGAGGGAAGUCCAAAAAUAAGAACCAGGGUUUAUACUACCUGUACUUGGAAGCAAUUUCAGUGAGAAACUUGAAGUCCCAUGCUAUUUCAGAUGAAGAAAUUCGGGCUAGUGGAAAUUUUGAUUUUCAGACUUUUACUGAAAGGGAUCUUGAUUUCAUUGUCAAAUAUAAACAAGAAUGUGGUUCUGAUGUAUUUCGUCAGAUACUUCAGUCCUUUUGUCCCUCCAUCUACGGGCAUGAACUUGUAAAAGCUGGUAUCACACUUGCCCUUUUCGGUGGUGUGCAGAAGAACUCAAUGGAUCAAAACAAGGUCCCUGUUAGAGGAGACAUUCAUGUUGUUGUAGUUGGUGAUCCGGGACUAGGAAAGAGCCAACUCCUCCAAGCUGCAGCAGCUGUUUCACCACGAGGAAUAUAUGUAUGUGGGAAUACAACAACAAAGGCUGGUCUAACUGUUGCUGUGGUUAAAGAUUCUAUGACAAACGAUUAUGCAUUCGAAGCUGGUGCCAUGGUCCUUGCUGAUCGUGGAUUAUGCUGUAUUGAUGAGUUUGAUAAAAUGUUGGCAGAACAUCAGGCUUUACUAGAAGCCAUGGAGCAGCAAUGUGUGUCUGUUGCAAAGGCUGGCCUUGUAGCAAGUUUAUCCACUCGUACCUCUGUGUUGGCAGCUGCAAACCCUGUCGGUGGUCAUUAUGACCGAGCAAAAACAGUGAACGAGAAUCUAAAGAUGAGUGCUUCCCUACUCUCUCGGUUUGACUUGGUUUUCAUUCUACUUGACAAGCCAGAUGAGUUGCUAGAUAAAAGAGUGUCAGACCAUAUAAUUUCUCUCCAUACCAAUGAUGGAGAUCAUUUUAAAUCCAACAAGAGGAUAAAAACAGUGUCGCAAUCUGAUGGUGAUCCGGGGUUAGGAGUUGGUGGAAAUUCAUUACUUUCAAGGCUGAGAUUACAACCGGAGAAAGAUAAGGAUUUUGCUCCAUUAGCUGGACAACUUCUUCGCAAAUACAUAUCUUAUGCAAGAGAACAUGUUUUCCCCAGAAUGUCAGAGGCAGCAGCUGAGAUUUUGCGAAAUUUUUAUUUGCGGCUGAGAGACCGCAGUACUUCUGCUGACGCUACACCCAUCACAGCCAGGCAGUUGGAAAGCCUUGUCAGAUUAGCUGAAGCUCGCGCUCGCGUGGAUCUAAGAGAAGAAGUGACCGCAGAUGAUGCUCAGGAUGUUGUAGCCAUCAUGACUGAAUCUUUGUAUGACAAAUAUGUUGAUGAACAUGGUAUCGUGGACUUUGCUCGGAGCGGUGGGAUGAGCCAACCUAAGGAGGCAAAGAGAUUUUUGAGUGCGCUAAACAAGCAAUCCGAGACGCAGCGAAAAGAUUGCUUUUCGAGGACUGAGAUUUACAACUUAGCUGAUGAGAUCAGCUUGCGAGUUCCAGAUUUAGAUGCUGUUGUGGAAAGUUUGAACAAUGCUGGUUUCCUUCUGAUAAAAGGACCAGGAAUGUAUCAGCUGGUGAACGCGUCAUAUUCACAGUGCCAGCCAACAAGGUCAAGAUGAUGUAUGGUACAGAGGCUAUGCAUAUCCUGAUGGUUGCACUGUAUGUGCCGAGAUGUACAGGUGACUGAGAGGAUGAUCGCUAACUUUGAUCCUUUGAUGUAUGUGAUGGUUUCACUACAAUGUUUUUCCUAGCGCUGUACCUGCUAUCGCCAAUACAACCCUGUAUAAAUUUUCAAGUUUGCUAGCCAAAUAUCCGGAUACUAUAUUUUGCCCCAUAAAACAUCCAGCACACAGUA